GGGAUUGUUUUACAAGUUAGUAUCAUAUCAAUUCCAAUAUCUUACUGGUUGAAGAAUAUUGUAAUACAAACAAUUCAUUGUUAAAUUUUUUUUGAAGCUCAUUCUUUAAUAAUGGCUUUUAAAUAUUUUCUUGUAGUAUGUUUGUCAUACUAUUUGGUCGUCUCAAACGUAAAUUGUGAAAGAGGAGAUUGUGCUACAGUUACUACUGGUUUUGGCCCUAUGAAAUAUAUGAAGGUAGGAACAGGUUCAACAAUUUUGGUUUUACUGGACGGAACAUUAGGUGACAUUGUUGCCGAUAACUUUGAAAGAAUCUACAAUGACUUUGAUCAUUCUAAAUAUACGAUCUAUCAAGUAGACUUGCCUGGAUACGGAGGAAGCCGUACAUUGGUAGCACCAAAAAAAUAUUCAAAUAGAGAUUUCCCUCCGGAAUUUUUUGAAAGAGAUGCAGAUGCUGUUAUUCAAACCAUGAUAGAAUUGAAUGUAGAAAAAUACUCAGUUUUAGGGUGGGGUUACGGUGGUACUGUUGCAAUGUUCGUUGCAUCUAGAGCACCAGAUAAUGUGGUUAAAUGCGUCUCGUGGGCUGCUAAACCAUUUUCAUCGAAAACAUUAGUUGCAAAAGAAAAACAAAGGUUAAAAGUACCUGUUAAAGACUGGUUGCCAGAAGUAUUGGGUAAACAAACAUUGAGUCACAGUAUUGAAAAUAUAGAAGAAGCUUUUAAAGGUUUAACUGAAGCGUGGGAAAGUUUGCUCAACUCAGAUAAUGCAUCGCCAAAACAAUGUUUAUCGAAACUUUCUACACCAACUCUUAUAUUGUAUGGAAAGAAUGACCCAUAUGCAGACUCUAACUUAAUACAAGAAAUAAGAAACUAUGCAAAAAACACUGCUGUUAUUUUAUUUGUUACCAAAAAACACGCUCUUCAUAAACUCGAUAAGUUCGCCCCAGCUGUCAAAGAUUUCUUAGAUAGUAAUGAUUACAAAAUGGGCGGCGAUGUGGUAGAAAUUGAUUGCACUGAUCAAGACGAAAGGGAGGAAGAAGAAAAACAGAAAAAACGAGAAGAACAGAAAAAACUAGAAGAACAACAGGCUGGAAGUAGUAAAUAAGAGGGAUAUAAAAGUCUCCUUAAUAUUGUGUAAUAAUUAUUAUUACAUAAAAGUUUUAUUCAGUCAUUAAUAAAACAAUAAUAUUGUAAUCCAAAUAUUUUUAAAUGAAUAAUUUAUUUUAAAAUAUGCAAUUUUUUAAUACAUUUUAUUGUAAAAUCUUACAUAUAAUUUUUAACAAUAUAUUUCAUUACUAUUGUACUCUCUGUUUUAUAAAUAGCACAAAAUUUUGUUCUUUAAUAAAUUAGUUAUGCACAUGAAAA